UCUACUUCCUUCUCGUACUUUCUUUCCGUAACAGCUGCAUUGCACGGGGAUAGCAAAAGCAAUAUAACAGCAAAUUAAACGCGGAAUCUGCAAGUCUAGCUAGAAAAGCCUUUUUGGACACCAGAACAAACAUGUCACACACAAUUCUGCUUGUCCAGCCAACAAAGAGACCAGAGGGGAGAACAUAUGCCGACUACGAGUCAGUCAACGAAUGCAUGGAGGGUGUGUGUAAAAUGUACGAGGAGCACCUGAAGAGGAUGAACCCCAACAGUCCCUCCAUUACCUAUGACAUCAGCCAGCUGUUUGACUUCAUUGACGACUUGGCCGACCUCAGCUGUCUAGUGUACCGGGCGGACACUCAGACGUACCAGCCGUACAACAAAGACUGGAUCAAGGAGAAGAUCUACGUGCUGCUGCGGCGUCAAGCCCAACAAGCUGGGAAGUAAAGGCAGGAAGGGAAGGAGCCGAGAGGUUGUCCCCUUUGCACAGAUCUAGGAUCAGUUUACUCCACCCUGAAGUAAAAACCACUAGGAAGUAAAAAGCCCAAACUGAUUCGAGACCAGUACAUAGGGGCAACUUAAUCCUGCACCAUGGGUGGGCCUUGGCUUUUUGGUAGAGGCUGUAUAGUGAGGGGGACAGUGGCCCUUUUCGAAUACACACAGUGCAUUCACCCUCCCUUGAGAUAAUCACAGAUCUAGAAGUGAUUGGAUAGAUGAGAGCAAGGUUAUCAACCAUUUUGCUUUCACCAAUUCAACUGAAUCCGAUAAGUGAUUAGUCCAAAGAAGGGAGGAAAGUAUUCGAACAGCGACAGUGAUCUUGGGGUGGGGAGACAAGCCUAUGAUUUGUUUGGGUCUAUUCUUUGUGGGAGUGGCUAGUUGAUUGAAGGACUAAUUUAUUGGUAAAGAUGGGUCUAUUGAACAAAAUAAAUACUAGACAAACAAGGAUACAGGAACUAAAAACAGGAUAACUAUUUUUGUAUCAUUAUUGUUUGUCUUUCAAUAAAUGUUAAUUUCUGUUCAAGGAAGAGGGUUAUGAGGAAUGUGACUAUUUGCUUUGUUUUUAUAAAAGUAAGCGAGAGUUUAAUUGAAACACGCCACUGAUGAUGUCCGAUAAGGGUGUAAUUUGUUCAUUUUAUAACAUCUGACAAAUGAUUGUCCUGAAAUGCUGAUUAUUAAUUUAGGGUGAGUUGUCAGAUUUAUUUUCCAUAUUUGCACCUCUUACUACCAUAAUUUUUAUUUAAGACCUGUGAAAUCCUGUUUUUGUAAACUUUAUUUGGUAUUUGUCUGACAUCUAUUCAUGUUUUCUCCAGUAAUUUUGUUUAUUUUCUCUGAAUACAGGAAAUAAACUAUUCUUUUCAGAUUUUA